GCCAGCCAGCCAGGCGGCAGCGGCAGGUGGUGGUGGUGGUGGUGGUGAGGUGGUGUUGGUGGUGGUACCGUGGUAGUGAGGCAGCGGCAGUGGCGGCGAGGGGACGCCCGGCACAGUGAGAGUGAGAGAGUGUGUUGAGUGUGGCGAGUGUUGCGCUGCGCCGUGCAGCGUCAGGGAGGGACGGAGUGAGAGAGUGAGUGAGUGUGAGGGCGCGGCCACCAUGAGGCAGCGUGGGCCUGCCGAGGCGCGGGUGCGCAAGGCGUCCUACUACGUGUGGUUCUUGGGCGCGGGCGAGUGCCGCGGCCUGCGGGGCGUGGAGUGUGUGCGCCCCGUGCUGGCGGCGCUGCUGGCGCGGGAGCGCGCCUCGCCGCCAGACAAGGUGACGCUGCAGGUGUCUGGAAGGGGCGUGCGCGCUGGCGGCGGGGGACGGGGCGCUGCGCCCUCCCGUCACUUCAUCCCCGCCGCGGCCAUCACAUACGUGCAGCAGGAGGCGCGGCCCGAGGACGACCUGGUGAGCUGCGUGCUGCUGGUGUACAACCCCGCCACGCGCUGCCCCGUCCACCUCCACGCCUACAGAUGCGACUCCACGCAGACCGCCGCCCUCCUGCGUCGCCACCUGGCGCAGCUCGCGGGCCGCCCCGACCACCAGGCAAAACUCGCAGCCCUAGAGGCGCGCCUGCACGCCCGCGGCCUGCCGCUGCCGCCCUGCCCGCCCUGCCCAGCCACGCAGGGCUCUGACGGCGCCUCCACGGGCUCCUCCUCCUCGGGCGGGGGCGGCAGCGGCACAGGGGUCACGGGCGGCAGCGGCGGCGGCGUGUCAUCUCUGUACGACUCCCUCGCGGCGGAGCUCCGGGAGAAGCUCGGUGGGCGCGGCGCGCCCCUGCUGCUGCCGCCACGGGACUACGACUCCCCCGGAGGUGCACCACCACACACACGCAAGGGCGCCGCCACAACGCCCUCCACGCCCGCCCCGCAGGACGACGACCAGGCCACCAGGUCCUCAGGCAUCGGCAGCGACCACCACAGCACACCCUCCCCCACACACGACCAAGAUGAUGACGAUGAUGACUGGCUGGGCUACGACCCCAACCCCAACUCCCAACCCCUACCUGUCCCCCACCACCGUUCCCACCCGCCCUCCACCACCCGCACCCCACCACCACCACCACCACGCCCCCGCCCCGCCAGUCCCUCCAGAGGCCGCCCUCGCCAGGUGGAGUCCCCCGUGCGAGGCGCGCCGCCCCCCGUCAGACACCUGUCUCCCGUACGGGCCGCUGCGCCCCCUAGGGAUCUCUCCCCCAUCAGGAUGCACGCCCCCGCCCCCACCAGGCGCGCCGCCCCCCAGCCGCGCCACCACCAUCACCACCACCACCACAGAGACAGGAGUGCGUCGCCCAGCUCACCACGUGAACGGUUCCAGGACGCCCGUGAAAAGUUCCGCUCUCUGGAGCGUUGGGGGGCACCGCCCUCCCACACCCCGCCCCCCUGGGAGGACACCACGCCCCCGCCCCGACACGCGCCCCGCACCCACAGCCCGGUGCGGGGCCGCAGCCCCACCAGGGAGUGGCGCGGGGCGCGGCACCGCUCCCCUGACCGCGAACACCAGUACCAGCGCGCCCGCUCCAUGCACGACCUGUCAGGGCGCCGCGCCCCACCACCCCAGCACCCAGAGGCACCCCACGACCCCCGCCGCCGAUCCCUGUACGAGGGCGAGGAGGAAGGAUCGGGAGGACGCGGGCCCCGCAGGUACCGCUCCCACGCCAGCCUUGGGGGGCGCCGCGCCUCCUCUCCCUCCCCCUCAUCCUGCUGUUCCUCUUCCUCCGCUGGGAGCUACACCCCCCUGCCCGAGGCGCGCCCCCCCGGCCUAGACAGAGCCACGGCGCGCCCUGAUCCCCUGGACGGAGCCUCCCGCUCCGCCCCGGCCCCCUCCCACCUCCACCACCACCACCACCACCCCUCCGCUUCCCGCAGGACCUUCGACUAUCCCGUCAACGGAGGCACCGCGCCCCUCCACAUGGCCCGCGCACCCCCGCCCCUCAUUGACGACGUCCCCAGCAGCGCAGGCCGCGACCCCCGCCACCACAGUUUGUCCGCGGCGCUGCGCGGUACUGACCCCCCCCACAUCCCCCCUGCACCCCAACCCUGCACACCCUCACACACACACACACACGCACACACACUGAUAUUAUGAUUAUUAAUGAUAUUACUUACUAAGCUAACAUGUGAUAUGUGUGUGUGUGUGUGUGUGUGUGUGUGUGUGUGUGUGUGUGUGUGUGUGUGUACCGCUACUACUACUACUACUACUG